GUGUCAGUGCAGGAUUACUAUGCGACAUCCUAUUUGACGUGUAACGUCGAAUAUAGUUUCUGGGCUUCAUGGAAAGGAGUUGCCUAUCCAACACAUGCCAUGCAACUAUUUUCUUUCCCACUCCAAAUCCUGGCAUUCUACAUAAUCAUCAAAAAAACUCCGACAGUAAUGAAAAGUGUUUAAUGGCUUUUGUAACUGAACCACUCAUUUUGUGCUGUAUUAGAUUUUGGAGUGUGCAGUGGAAGUACACCCUAUGUUUUUCUCCCAGUUGCUGGCAUUUUUGGACUGGGAACACUUAGUUGGUUGGGAAUACCAUUCAUCAUACAACUAUUUGUUGGAUUUAUAAUAGGAAACGGUGUCAUAUGCUCUUACGUGUAUCUUUUCGAAAUCCGUAGCAGUUCCCUACCACAAAAUCGGUUCAAAAUAACUCAAAAGUCCACUUGACACUCUACCAUGCAACUGUUUUUUUCUACAACAACAUCUGUCUUCUUUUCUUUUUGACAAAUCCUGCAGAUCAAGAAGCUGCCAAACUUCAUGCAUUGACUCGUUGCCCAUGUCCCACAACGGAAUUUUUCGAAUUUCAAGUUGAAAUAAUAUUUUCUGAUCAAAUU